AACAAUAUGCAAGUACCUGUCAACAUCAACAACAACCAACUUCCUAGCGACAAACCGACGCCAUUAGUUUCAUUCAAGGAACUUUCAAUAUUUUGCUCUAAAAAUGAAUGCAGAAACAGACGACAUCGAUUUCACUAAACUAGAAAAAGAACUUGCAGCUGCUGUGGAGGCUGACAAAAAAUAUUCUCGGGAGAAUGCUGCGAAAUUCAGAGCAGUGGAACAAAGAGUUGGUUCGUAUGAAGAAUUCCGAAACAUUGUUUUGGCAUCUAGUCUUCAACCUUUGGAAAGGAAAGACAUUGAUGGCACAUCUAAACGUCAUCAGCCAUUAAAUCCUGUUUGUUCUUCAAGCAAGAAUGACAUGAGUCUACCCCAAGAAGAAAAUAUCGUUGAAGUUGACGAUCCGACAAGUGGCAAAACCGAAUCUGUAACUUCGUUUGUCAAAAAAUGGAAAACGUCGUUGAGAACAAGUCUGAAACGAUACCAGUACUUAAUAAAAUUAGACAGUUUGAAUGCUGGUAAAAUAUUGGCCUCAGAACUAGUAGGUGAUUUGAUAGGAGAGAUAAUCAUGGCUCUCAAUGAGUGCUUUAGCUCGGUUUAUACUGCUAAGAUUUUAUGUAUUCUGAAAAACCUGUCUAAGAGCAAACGAUUUAUGCUGUCAUUACAGUUUCUUAGUAAAACUGAAAAAAAUGCAGCAAAUGAAUUAUUUGAAAAGCUUACAGAAAAUGCAGAAGAAGAACAGACAGAGUUGUUAAAUGAACUUAAAUUAAGGUACUUAGGCUAAUAUAUAUUAAUGAUUAUGACAGUGCCAUCAGAAUGAAAUUCAUAUUUUUCUCCCAUUCAGUACAGUUUUAUCAAGGAAAUAUAAUACAGUUUGACAAUUAUUGGGGGCUCCAGCCCCUUAUCCCCUGGCUUUUGAUGGCCCUGUUAUAUUGUUGACUUUUUACGCAAAUUUUAUGAAAACCUCUCCUUUGUGUACAGGAAAAUGUUCCACAAAAAUGUUAUUAACUCAGUAUAUUUCUAUGAUUUUCUGUGACCAUAAGUUCUACAAAGAUUCCCUUUGAUUCAAACCUUUUAAAACCAAGUCAUUAAGUUACAUUCCUAUCCAAGUUACAAGCCAUUAAGUUACAUUCCAAUUUUAGAAGCCCAUAGCACCAAACCAGAAAGUUUGAGUCAAAGCAGAUCUAGAUUAUCAACUACAGCCCAGGCUAUAGUCAGAUUAUCCGUGUUUCGUUUUCGGAAUUCAAAGUUUCCUUGCAGUCCCUAAAAUGUGUUUAUUCUUUCUCUGAUAUCAACCCUAUCAACAUUUGAAAAUAUCAUAUUUGGUUAUCAAAUAUGAUUUAUAAACAUACAAUGCUGGCAAUGUGUCAUCGCCAUGCCUCUGAAAUUUUUCAACCAAUGCUACAGAUAAGAUAUAAAACACUGAGCGCAGAAUGGUCUAAUUUAUAGUUGGUCUGGGAAUUUGCUCUGGAAAAGGCAUCAAAGACAUUAAAAACCCAUACUACAAUUUUUGGCGUGAGCUAUAGUGAAGCUAUAGUCAGGUUUGAAAAUGACCUUUUCUAAAAUGACCAAUAUAAUAUGAGUAUCCACGGUACUUCACCGCUCUGUCUCCUGUAAAGCAACAUUAGACUAUAACUCGUGUUCCCUGUAAUGUAUCUUGAAAGGCAAGGACCUACUAGAAAAUAGAAAAAAAACCAAAGGAAUACUUAUGAAUGCGAAGCAACUAUAAACAUACAUGGUUACAGCAAUAUAAACACAAGAAAGGCAUGGUCCCAAUCCCAAAAGUUUGAGCUAUUGUCACCAAAAAUCCUAGGUCCACCCCUGGAAAUGUUUAGCCCAUUGCAUGCAUAGCUUGCAAUGACCCUUCAACAGAACUUUGCCCCUCCAACAGGACUUCAUCAAUAAUAUUAUCAUUUGUUCAUUUAGUUCUCAGGGUGUUUCUCAAGAACAUAAGAAAUAAAUUUAUACAUAAACUUAAAGCUUAUUUUAAAGAGCUUAUCCAGUGAUAUUUAAUUUCAUAUGUUAGAAAAGAUCAAUUGAAAAUGGAAAAUAUAAACAAAGGAAUUCCUUGAAUGUAUAUAAGAUAGCUCCCUCAGUAGAACUUGCCAGAUCCUUCAUCAAUUAGCCAUUGGUGUAUUGGCACAAAAUGCUGAAGGUAACCCAUCUGAAUCCUAAACAUUAAAUACAACUUAAUGGACUCAAGUUUCAAAGCAAUUUAAAUUUUGGGCAGGGAAUGGACAAGAAAAGUUAAUUUUCCCCACAAUGAAGAUGCUUACCAGUUUUACUUUGGAUAAAUAAGACACGAGAAGGGAACAGAAAGAUAACUUCCUUAAAGUAAAUAGUACCAUUCAAGUAAAAUGAGAACCCUUUGUGAAAUCUAAUGCUACAAUAUUCUAAUAAAAUUUCAUUUGAUCAGCAUUGAAAAUAGCAUAUAUUAGUAUCAAUAUAAUGUUAUUAAGCAAGCCAUCUUUUUUAGGUCACAAGUCGACUUUUUUAAACUAGAGAGCCGAGUAAGUUGUCUCAUUUCAACAGACUUGUUGUAGUUGUUUUUGCUACCUGAUAUGUCAUUGUCUAUGAAUUUGGGUUUGAUGCUAGCAAGAUUUGUAUUGCUAAAAUAUGUUUGGAAUCAAUUGUACUGUGAUCACAAAUUGGCUUUUAUGUUGCACCUUAAAUUGCUCUUCCUCAUUCAAGUGAAAUAUGUAAUGUAGGUAGGACUAGAAUUCUUGCUUGGUAUUGACUCCAUUUAUCAAAUAUCCUAAAUGGCAGUUUGUAAGUCAGAGAUAAUUAAUUCUGAAAGUUCAGUGGAUAAAGAUAAACAAAAUGAAACAAAGUGCCAUAAAAUCUCUAAAGAUUUAGACUUGACUUUCCUUUCAAAAAGGCUGACAAUCAUACAAUUCAGUGUAGACAAAUGGACUCUUACCAAUUAUUCCUCACAAGUACAAGUAAUUCCAAUUCAAGUCAUACCCAAAAAAUUACCAAAAGUUCUACUUUCAGCAGAAAUUGAGGCCAAUUUUCCUGCAUUAUAAUUUGGUUUGAAGUUGACUGUUUCUAUCUCUUGGGGGCAACCCUCAUUAUUUAAGGUUACCCUUGCAAGCUGAGAGGGAAAAUAUUUUGCUUGGUCAGAGUAAAAUGGACAUAUUGUUUUUCUUGAUCCACUGAUCAUCAAUUUAUCUAAUAUUUUUUUAGGCAAGUUACAAAGUUUAAUGACCAAAAGCAAUAGUCCCUUCCAAAUUGAGAAGAUAAGUGUAAUUUAAAUAGAAUUAAAUAAAUCAUUUAUCUAGCUCAAAUGAAUAAUACAAUAAAAUACACAGUGCUUUUGUUUUAUGUGUGUUUACUCCUCUACAAUCUGCAAGUUUGGAGUCAUCAAAGUUAACACCCCUUUAACAUUCAUGCCCUCAGUAAAUUGAGCACCUGUCCCAAAAACAACUAGCAAAAUUGAUACAUAUUUAAAAUUCAACAUGAGACGCUUAAUUGCAGAUAUGAGAUACAUUGUUUUAACACAAGUUGUUGUUGAACAACUAUCAUCUUUAGCAAGCUUGUACUUUUGACCUAAAACUUUUA